GACUCCAUGGAAAACAAACACGUAGCAGUCUUUGCUUUCCCCUUUGGGAGCCACCCUAUGCCUCUCUUUAACCUUGUCCUCAAACUAGCUCACGCCGCUCCACACUGUUCAUUCUCCUUCAUUGCCACUCACAAAUCCAAUUCCAUCCUUUUCCCAAAACACCAUCUCCCCAAUAACAUUAACCCCUUUACCAUAAGCGAUGGAAUCCCAAAGGGUCAUGUGCUAAGCAACGACCCAAUGGAAAAACUUGUUCUUUUUCUCAAAACUGGUCCUCACAACUUGCACAAGGGUAUAGAACUGGCCGUUUCCCACUCAAAGAAGAGAGUCACGUGCAUCAUUGCCGAUGCUUUUGUAACCUCUUCUCUCCUCGUGGCUCAGACCCUCGACGUUCCUUGGAUUCCGGUUUGGCUUCCCUUUUCAUGCUCAAUCUCUCUAUAUUUUUACAUUGACCUGAUACGCGAGACAUGUGCAAACAGUGCUGGAAACACAACCCUGGAUUUCCUUCCCGGGUUGUCUAAAAUGCGUGUUGAGGAUAUGCCAAAGGAUAUUCUCAACGUGGGUGAAGAGGAGACACUGUUUUCAAGGACACUUGUUUCAUUGGGUAAAGUGCUAGCUCAAGCUAAAGCAGUUGUUAUGAAUUUCUACGUGGAAUUAGACCCACCCUUGUUUGUUAAGGACAUGAGAUCAAAGUUACAGUCUUUGCUUUAUGUUGUUCCUAAUCCUUGUCCACUAUUGCCAUGUUCUGAUACAGAUUCAAGUGGGUGUUUGUCGUGGUUGGAUAUGCAGGCUUCUAGAUCAGUAGCGUAUGUUUGUUUUGGGACUGUGGUGGCACCACCACCCCUUGAGCUUGUGGCAGUGGCAGAGGCAUUGGAAGAAAGUGGGUUUCCAUUUCUUUGGUCUCUCAAGGAAAGUCUAUUGGGUCUUUUGCCAAGUGGGUUUGUACAGAGGACCAGUAUGCGUGGGAAAAUGGUGUAUUGGGCUCCACAGGCCCAAGUUUUGGCCCAUGGUUCGGUAGGGGUUUUUGUGACCCACUGUGGGGCUAACUCUGUGGUUGAGUGUGUUUCUGGUGGGGUGCCAAUGAUUUGCAGGCCAUUCUUUGGAGAUCAAGGGUUAGGGGGAAGAGUGAUUGAGGAUGUUUGGGAGAUUGGGGUGGUAAUGGAAGGUAAGGUGUUCAGUAAAAAUGGGUUGCUUAAAAGCUUGAAGCUGAUUCUGGUGCAGGAAGAGGGUAAGAAGAUUAGAGACAAUGCUCUUAAGGUGAAGAAGAUUGUGGAAGAUGCAGCUGGGCCAGAAGGACAAGCAGCACAGGAUUUCCAGACUUUGGUGGAAGUAAUUUCUUGCUAG